CUCCAACACAGCGAGUGUUUCAAGUAGAUUCUAUCUAUCAACUUGAACAUGUCGAGCGCACCCUUGGCUGAUGAUUGGGAGCCGACAUACACUCAUUUCUCCCACAAAACUGAAUUUCUGGACUCUUUGCGGAAGUUCGUGACGUUAGACAUCGGCAAAGAGUCCACUGAAAAGGAGGAUGAAGAUGAGGACGCGCUUGUAACUUGCUUGGGCGCUGUCCUGGACUAUUAUUUGCCAAUGCCCGGCUUACUCGACCCGUCGCUAGACGAGAUUGUUCGGCCGAUCAUGCAACUUCUGGAGAAGAGCUUGCACACAAUUGUGGAAGAAGACAGUUGUACUUCUAAUCCAGUUAACCCAAAAAGGCUUGAAAGACUAGGCCGAGUGCUCAACUGGGUGGUCAAGGUUCGCGGAUGGAAGGCAGUUGUCCCCCAUUUUCCAUCAACGAUACCUAAUCUCCCUAUCCUCAUCAAGCUUUUAUCCCCUCCCACCUCACCUUCUGCUUCAACAAGCCCUGCAACUCCCCAUCACCAUCUACUAUCUCCCACGACAGCUUGGGAGCUUCGUGCCGUACUCUUGCUUUGGCUAGCCUUGCUUCUGACUGUUCCGUUCAACCUUUCGGCCCUUUCAGAUUCGGACGAUUUCGUCUCAAGCGCACCUUAUGGUAUCGAUCUCCCGUCUGCGGAGCUGCUGUUCCCUGUCGCCGCCUCCGAACUUGCUCAAAAGGUUACAUUCUUGGCAGUGCCUCUUCUGCAUCGACCGGGAAGAGAAGGAGCAUAUGCUGCUCUUGUACUCGCUAGGCUUUUGUCUCGAGAGGAUUCUGUACAAAACCUCCGAGGGUUCUUCGCUUGGGCAACAUCUGAGAUCGAGGAAGGGGAUCGCGAAUCAGAGAGCCACCUCAUUGCGUCACUCUUCACCUUGCUUGCCCUUUUCUCGUCCCUCCUCAAACCUAAUCACCUCCCACUAGUGGAAGGCUUCUUGGAAGAGAAAUUACUGCCGCAUCUCAGAGGGUCAAGAACCGCAGCCGAGUCCGGUCUGAUUAGGAAGUUGGCAAUUAAGGCCAAAGGCAGAUUAUGGGUUUCAAAACUUGGCAAAAAGUACUAUGAUGACGAUGAUGUCGACUUGCCAGAGGGUUUAGAGGAAACAAUGGAUGAUUUAAUGGGUGGUCUUUCUGACAAAGACACGAUCGUACGUUAUUCGUCAGCCAAAUAUCUCUCUCGUAUCUCCGCCUUGCUUCCUCCAGCUUUUUCAUCUCAAAUUGUCCUUGCUACCAUCGCCCUCUUUGCCGGCACUGAAGAAGAACCCGUCCAAUUCACUUCAUUUGGAACCGUCAUCGAUCCUGGAGGAUCUUCGGCUUCAGGUGGGACAAUGGGCUUCGGCGGCUCAGAGGUGCAGAGAGGAGAAGCGAGAUGGCACGGAGUGUGUUUGGCUCUGGCUGAGAUGGGUCGACGAGGUCUAAUCUGGGGCGAAGCCGUAGGAGGCGCGGUAGAAUGGGUCGUCAAGGCUCUUACCUUCGACCUUCGUCGGGCCUCCCAUUCAAUUGGCGCGAACGUCCGUGACGCUGCGUCUUACCUCCUGUGGUCUCUUUCCCGAGCUUGUCCGCCUUCAGCUUUGGAACCUUAUGCAAAUACCAUCGCAACCAAUCUUGUUUGCGUGGCGUGUUUCGACCGUGAGGUUGGAGUACGUCGAGCUGCGAGCGCAGCUUUCCAGGAAGGUGUAGGGAGGACGGGAGUGUAUCCGGAAGGGAUCGAUGUUUUGGCCAAGACAGAUUUUCAUAGCGUAAGCGUGCGCCGAACAGCAUUCUUAACAGCUUCUCAAGCAGUUGGGGUACACAGUGUUUAUAGAACGGCGAUGAUUGAUCAUCUACAUAAUAUCACACUUCGACAUUGGGAUUGUUCUAUUCGACGUUUGGGAGCCCAAGCGCUACGAAAGCUGCUUGAGGUAGACCGUAAGGAAAUGUUGGAGUAUGCCUUGCAGCGAGAAUUAAAGGAACUGGUCUCUCUAGAUUCUGUCAAUGUUCACGGUGCUCUUGUAGCGCUAAAGGAAGUAGCAGAGAUGUUUGAGGACAGUGACCCCAGAAACCAGAUUAUCUUCGAUGCCCUUGCUACCAUUCGUGCCGCGACUUUAGUUUCUCAACAAGCAGCCGAUGUAUUGUCGGCCCUUUGUGAUCUUUUGUCCACUAUCCUCAACCCCUCUAUAACUUCUUCUGCCACAACACAGUCGGUCCUAGCAAGGUACUUUGAGCUGACGUCGAAGCGAAGAGAGGUGGAAGUCCAUGAAAGUAUGGCGCGUGUAUACAGGAGGUUGAGUGAGCUAAGAGAUUGUGAGAAGGACAUUAACAAAUUAAUCAGUGAUUUGAGGUCGUUCAGAGUUACGCAACGUCAGUCGGCUACAUUAGCGCUUGGACAUAUCCAGUACCCCACUGCUCCCUCUUCUAUGGCGGAAAAGACUGUCGUGGCGCUUUUGGGAUUGUUAAAAGAUCCCAUAAAGACUGAAGUUGAAAGUAGGCGAUGGGCAGUAAGGUCCUUGGGAGAUAUCGCUGUCCAACGAAUGGAUGGAUCUCUUGUCGUUGAAUCGACAACUCUCAAUACGGUCGUUCGAGCAUUCAUUAAAGGUCUUGAAGACUACUCGACUGAUCAAAGAGGCGACGUUGGCUCGUGGGUUCGUAUUGCAUCUCUCGACUCCAUCGGCCGUGUACUAGCUUCCCUUCCGCCACAUUCUUCCUUGUCUUCAAUGCUCGAGCCUGGAAUUUGCGACGAAGCUAUCGGUGGAUUAGUAAAGCAAGGUGUAGAGAAGCUCGAAUCCGUUCGUUCGGCCUCAGCAUUGGCUUUGGCAAGGAUGAGAGAGUGUGGGUGGCAGUGGGAUACGCAAGAUGCAAUGAGCGUGUCUAAAAAGCAAUUGGCUGAGGAAGGAUUCAGAUAUGUAGACCAGAAGGAAUGGUUUCAAUCUGCAAUGCCGCUCUUGGAGAGUCGAUUCAGGAAAGAGCUUGUAGCCGGACUGAUAUUUACGAUAGGCAGCCAGGUGGUCACUUUGUCAAACUCUGCCCUACACCCUCUUAUCGAAUACCUGAUGGUUCACACUUCAACCAUCGUUUUCGUCCUGCAGAUAAUUUCAAGCCUUAUGGCCGAUAACCUCAACUCAAACCGCAUAUUCAUACCCACGCUACAAACACUGCAUAAGCUGUUGUCUGCCAACAUAUGGGAGGACAUUGAGGAUGCUGAAGAUUGCAAGGGGGCGGCUGACGUGCUGAUGAAGUCUCUGGGCGCUGCAACAAGGGGCUUGGGAAAUAUGAAGUCUAUUGAGAGAAUAUCAGCCGCCAUGAGGGUUGUUAUCGCUUGCCUGACUGCUCCCUCGGAAGUGCGUUCAAAAGCCACCUCCCUAGUCUCGCUAUUCCUUGCCCAUCGCUUCCCUCGAAUACGUGCAAUGGCUUCUGAAGAGAUAUACCUGGCGCUAUCCGAAGUGGAUGAUGAUAUGGGUGAGGAGUUGGAGCAAGUGUUGCUUGAGACGGACUGGGUGGGCUCUGGAGUUGAAGUGCAGGCCGAAAUGGUUGUUCAACUAUUACAUGGGCGAAAAGAGGAGCCAUAGGAAAAUGUUAUAAUAAAAUACAAUAUUCACCAUCCUAUCACAGAGUUAUUUGGUAGUGGAUGAGCUGCUUACUUCAACCUUCCCCGUCAAGUGUGACUGGGAAGCGUACAUGGUUAGUAUGAUUCUUCAAAUGGACGGGACAGGCCGAUCGAUAAAGCUGAGGAUCCUCUGCCUUAACAUGGAACAAAUUAUCACGCUUCUCUUCCA